AUGUAUUUUGCUUCACCUUUAAAGGGCAGGCUCCCGCCGUCGCAUUUGUUUCGCAAAUCUGCUCCAUCGCACACAACGCUUAAAUGCCUCGGAAAAUCGGCGAUUUCGUUUCGGAAAUGGAGGAAUAUAUCGAAAGUCCAUGGAUUCGUCUCGAUGCCAAUUUCCAGCCUUCUCGAAGCGCCACCGGCCGGCUUACGUCGGACAUUAAGCAGUUUCGAGCAGAUUCGCAAUGAGUUGCGCAACGUGUUCCGCUCAAAACAUCGAAGAAGCAUUCAAGAAGUCGCCAUCGUCAUCGGCAAAUCCACAAUUCGGCCAGUGCUAACCUACAGAAUUCCGCUGGAAAUUUGCGAGUCUGACGAUUCGACGAACGAGAAUUGCGGCGACACUUGCGGUGAAUUGAAUGACGUCGAACGCCGGAGAAUCAAUCGCGAUCUGUUUUUGCUCUCCCAAAACGUCGACAAACAAGAAAAACACUGUCGCGAGCGGAAUAAUCGAAUGUUUAUUUAUAUACUCGGCUCCGACGGAAUGGUGGGAGAAGAAAUGGAAGAAGAUGAUCCGGUGUUCGAAAAGGCGCCAAUUCGCCACUACACGUUCGCCCAUCAAAAAUGUAAUUGCGAGAAGAAGUGGAAUCCAUCGACGAGCGGCCAACGCUGGCUCCGCAUCACACCAUUCGUCGUUCACGGCAAAGAAUAA